UCUUUCAGGCCACAACAGCAAGCAAAGCUCCGGAAGGUGAAACAAAGCCUGACGUUCUCCUACGUGUGGGAAUGCCCAGUAUUGGAAUUAUCGCGAGCUGCUCAGGGGUUCUAAAUUUGACGGGUCAUUUGGUAUGGGAUUCAUAAAAAAGCUGCGUUAAUAUUUGUGACAUGCCAUCUGUUGGAAUGACAAAUGCACCGCAUUUUAUUUUUCUACAAAUAUAUGUGAUUCACCAUUUAUUGGAGUGACUAAGUAUCAUAAACUAAGAGAUGUUUGACUGAACAUUCAGAGGAGCCAUUGAGUCACACAAGCACCGAGAAGACGUCCGUAGAGGUGAAAGAGAAGAGGAGAAGUGGGAGGCGUUCAUCUUGAAUGUGUCAGAACAGACACUGAGGUGUUCAGUCAACGACAAUGGGACCCUCCUUCCUUCUUCUCAUUUCCACGUGAGUGAGGUGACUAAUGGCCCGGGGCUUCCCAGGUGAGAAGGGGGGUCUUAGAAGAGAAGAACAGACAGUUGGGGUUCAGAGAAGAGUUUUACACGGAGCAUGGCCUCGGUCAAACAGGAAGGCAUGGACCAACAACCGGCACACAUUAAAGAAGAGGACUGUGAGUCGGGUGCACCAGAGGGUGUGUGCGUGAAGGUGGAGGACUGCGAAGAAAGCAUUUGCGUUUUUAAAGAAGAGGAGUGCAAGGAGGAGUCUGCUGAGGUUAAUGUCGAGGACCUGAAAGAUUUCUCAUUUGGCCUUGCACUGCAAAAACGUGAAGCUGGCCCCAUUUUCAAGCAAGAUGUGUGUGAAGAAUCUCUUUCCAAUUUGCAGCCCUGGGUCACUAAUACUAGACAACUGGCUACGGUGGAGAUUUCUGUGCAAGUAAAAUCUGAGUUAUCGGAACGUGAGGAGAAAAUUACUGAAGGAGGCGGAAGAAAAGCAGAAGAGCAGCUGGGAAAAAAUUUACAGGAGAAAGGCAGCAUCUCCGCAUCUUCAUUUGCUCAGACCUCUCUCCUGGACUAUGAGAAGGUGAAGAAACCAACAAGUGGAUCAGAGAACUUGACCCCAGCCUCUUCCCAGUGUAGUUCACUUCAUGCUACUACAGUAACACAGACCGAAGCCAUCACAACUUCUCAACAAGAAGUGAGUAAACACAUCCAAGUUCAAACUGGAGAAAAACUUCACUGUUGUUUGGAAUGUGGCAAACGAUUCUUACACAGAAGUAGCCUACAUAAGCAUAAGAAGCUUCACACUGGUGAAAAACCUUUUAGUUGUGCUGAAUGUGGCAAACGAUUCUAUGACAGUAGUGGUUUACGGGAGCACACACGAACUCACACUGGAGAGAAACCAUAUGUCUGUUCUGAAUGUGGGAAGAGGCUCUCCUACAGUAGCAGUUUUCGGAAGCACAAGCGCACUCAUACUGGAGAGAAGCCAUACGUCUGCUCUAAAUGUGGCAAACGCUUUUCCAGCAAUACUGCUCUUUUUAAUCAUGCCAAAAUUCAUGCAGGAGAAACACCUGAAUGUGACAAGCAAGACUCAGCCCGUAAUGACCUUCAUGUUCUUGAAGGAACCCGUCCAAGUGAGAAACCUCAUAGCUGUUCUGAGUGUGGGAAACAUUUCUCAGACAGCAUCAGUCUUAACAGACACCUGACAAUUCAUACUGGAAAGACUCUCCAUUCUUGUCCAGAUUGUGGCAAGCAAUUCUCAUUACUCGAUCAUCUUCAGAGGCACUCACGAAUCCAUACUGGAGAAAAACCCCAUUGUUGUCCAGAAUGUGGGAAAAGAUUCUUAAAAAUACACAAUCUUAAAUGUCAUAUCAGAAUUCAUACUGGAGAGAAGCCGUAUGUCUGUUCUGAAUGUGGAAAAAGCUAUAAAAGCAAGAGUAGUCUUCACAAACAUACCAGAAGUCAUACUGGAGAGAAACCUUAUUGUUGCCCUGAAUGUGGCAGACACUUCUCACAAGCAAGCUAUCUUCAACGCCACAGCAGAAUUCACACCGGAGAGAAACCUCAUUGUUGUUUGGAAUGUGGCAAGCGAUUCAUACAUCUCCCUAGUCUUCAUAAUCAUAGACAAAUUCAUACUGGAGAGAAGCCUCAUUGUUGUUCAGCAUGCGGGAAGAGAUUCUUUAAAAGAUGUCACCUUCAACGGCAUGUCCGAAUUCAUACUGGAGAAAAACCUUAUUGUUGUUCUGAUUGUGGUAAGCAAUUCUCAAGCAGCAGUAACCUUUAUUGCCAUGAAAGAAUUCAUACUGGUGAGAAACGUCAUGGCUGUUCUGAAUGUGGCAAGUAUUUUUCGAAAAACACCACUCUUAAUACCCACAUGAGAAUUCACACUGGAGAGAAACCCUAUGGUUGUUCAGAAUGUGGCAAACGAUUCUCACAAAUAAACGGUCUUCAGAACCACAUAAGAUUUCACCAUACUGGAGAAAAACCUUUUUCUUGCUCGGAGUGUGGGAAACGUUUCUGUGACAGCAGCAGUCUUCUAAGGCAUGCGCAAAUUCACACUGGGGAGAAGCCAUAUUGCUGUUCUGAAUGUGGAAAAAGGUUCAUGUGCAGUAGCAACUUAAGGAGGCACGCACAGACUCAUACUGGAGAGAAAAUGUUUUGCUGUCCUGAAUGUGGAAAACGAUUUUCUUUCAAUAGCAGCUUAAUGAGACACAAACAAAUUCAUAGAGGAAAACCUGUUGUAAAUGUGGCAGUGAAUUUUUCCACUGACCCUACAAACACAGAAAAAGUGAAGGAAGACGUCAUUGCUGUUCCAAAUUAUGAUGAUAAUUCUCAUUUAAAGUAGUUGACAAGUAGGCUGGAAUUCACAGCAGAGAGAAGGCUUAUGGGGAUGAAUGUGGUAAAUGGUGCUUAGUUGUAAGGUUACCAUUGGGGAGAUUUUUUCCUGUUGUCUGAAAUAUGGAAAAUGAUUCCCACACAGCAGAAGUCUUUAUAAACCUUGAAGAUUUUUUUUUUUUUACUGUGAGGAUAUCUUAUUUUUAUCCUGGUUGUGGUAAAUGAUUCUUAGGCAAUCAGUGGCAUUCGUAGCCAUGAAUACUGGUGCUAAACCCCAUAGCUGCUCUAAUAUGUCAAGCGACUCUCCUCCAUCAGCUUUCUUUGGGAGCACAGAAGAGUUACCACUGAAACCAACAACAACAACCUUUAUUUCUAUAGCACAUUUUCAUACAAAUAAUGGAGCACAAAGUGCUUU